CCAGGCUCUCUCAGUUUCGCUUCUGCUUUUGCCAGGUUCGGUGCCGCGCCAUGAUCGACUGACUUACUCCGUCUGCCACACCAACCCUUUGCCCCGCGACUCCAUCGGCCGCUUCUCUCCCUUUUUCCAUUGGUGUGCGCGAUGAGAGCAGUCAGAUGACGACCAAGGUGCCGAUCGACGAGGAGGAUGGCCUCCUGCCCAUGCGUGCUGCCCCGGUUUGCGUUAUGGUCGGCGGCGCCGGCACCCGUCUCCUGGCCCCCGAAGAGGGUGAGGACGUCAGCAUCGAGUCCAGUCUGGACUCCAGCUUGGAGUCCACGACCAUCACGUCGUCGCCGGCGCCCUCGCUCCGCUCGGCGGGCUCCCUCGACAAAGGACCGCACAAGGGAUUCUCCAAAUGCUUGUGCUGGUUGUUCGGAGUCGGAAUCACCUUCUUCCUAAUCGGCUCGCUCGCCAUCAUCUUCCCGCCAUUCGACGUGCUCAUGAACGAGAGGCUGCGUAUGCUACGAGGCUUUCCGGCCUUUGAGUGGUGGGUUGAGCCGCCAGAUGAAGUCUUCCUCCGCCUCUAUAUCUUCAACAUCACCAACAAGGACGAAUUCCUCGCUGGCAAGCAAAAACUCAGGUUGCAGGAGGUCGGCCCUUGGAUUUUCAGGGAACGUCUGCGUCACACGGACGUCUUUUUUAACGACAACGGCACCAUGACCUACACAGCACACCGCAGCGCCGAAUUCCUGCCAGAACUGUCCGGCAAUCUCAGCAUGGACACGAUGCUAGUGUUACCAAAUCUCGGCGUCCUGGGAGUUGCCUCGUACAUGUGGGACGCGUCUUUCUUCACCAAACUGGGCAUCAACAUGAUGAUGAUGAACUACAACUCACAGCCGAUUGUCACGAUGCGUGCCGGCGACUACAUGUGGAAUAACACGGACCCCAUGUUCAGCAUGGCAGGCAACAUCAUGCCUGACUUGGUGCCCACCACCAACCUCGGCAUCCUACAUAUCAUUUACGAGCACUUCAGCGACGAGGUGACGGUCUACACGGGUCUGCAAAACAGCCGCCGCUUCUUCCUGAUCGACAAGUUCCGCGGCUCGCAUCGUCUCGGCCUUUGGGACGGCGAGUACUGCGAUUCGGUCUACGGCGCCAGCGAAGGCGUCUCUUACCCUCAGUUCCUCACGCGCAACGACAGCCUCCUGUACUUGCGCAAGACCAUCUGCAGAGCGACGCCGUUGUAUUACGAGCGCGACGAGAUGCGUUACAACAUGAACGGACUGCGCUUUGAGCUACCGUCCAACUUGUACGCCUCCCCAGACGAGGUGCCCGAGAAUAAGUGCUUCCGCCGCAGGGGCGACUUCAGUCCCCAGCUGCCAUCGGGGGCCACGGAUAUCUCGCCGUGCUUUUACAAUUUCCCGCUGGCCGCCUCGUUCCCGCACUUCAUGCACGCGUCCCCAGAACUGAGCAAGAACGUCGAGGGACUCAAGCCGGACCCCAAGAGGCACGGCAGCUACGUCAUAGUGGAACCAACCACUGGCGUGCCCAUGGAGAGCAGCGCCCGCAGUCAGUCCAAUCUGGUGGUGCGUCCUCUGCACGGCUUCUCCAAAGUUCAAGCCUUCAGCAACAUGACUAUCCCCAUGUUUUGGGCUGAAUACACACAAGUUGGGUUGCCGUGGUACAUCCGUUGGCUGAUGUACCUGGUGGUGGAGAUCAUCCAGCCAAGCCAGCAGCCGGUGGCGUACUGCCUUGUAACGGCCGGUAUGUCCAUACUGCUGGCGGCCUUCUUCGGCUGGACGUGCUCGCGCAACCAGUACCGGGAGCUAGGCGGCGCUGGCUCAACGCCGCGCUCCAGCUCCUACAGCUCGCUCAACCUGCUGCCCUCGUCCAAGAGCAGCCAAAUCUCGUUCCAGCCGAAAGCUGACAAGCUGAUGCAUAUGUGAUAAUAAAUCUACCCUUAUUCUUGCUACGGAAAAUAGGAAAAAUUCUACGUCUCAAACGUGCCUGCUGUCUGCCAGACUGAAAAAGGAGAGGACUCGAGUUGCUCGAGCAAGUGAGAUUGCGUGUGUCUGUGUGUUUCAACUGCACCCGGCCCAAUUGCACCGCUCAUUCAAAUCUCGUGUGGCAUUAAAUAGUUAGCUAUUUGCGUAAACGUUAAGUUGCGAGAAGCCGCCAACGGAUAAUCCUGUAGCCGUGAAUUCUAGACGAGAGAAACUUUCAUUUUGGCAUACGGAAAAAAUAAAUAUGCGUAGAAACGACAACGUAUUUUCUGUUUUGCAUCGGUUCCAUCGCGAUGAGCUAAAUCAAUUUUAGAUUUCAGUCAAUAAAAUGGAUGUUUCACUCUGGAAUCCACAGAAAAAGGGCAUUAAUUAGUGUUAGUGCCUCAACACUGUCAAUGGCUGUGGACACUUAACUUUUAACGCAAAUAAGAAAUAUUUUACAUUUAAUGUCUUGUGAGUGGUACGUUAGAUUUUAAAUUAUAUCUUUUUAUUGCGCAAAAUAUUUUUCUACAGCAAAAGGCCGGAGUGCAGACAGUGGACUUUUUAUACGUCACUUUAAUUUAUGAAAAACGACAUUUUUGCCAUGCUCAAAGAUAUAUCCAAACAAUUUGUACUAUUUUUUUAUUCCUGCAAUCAUAUGACUGACUGUGUCAUCCCAGUGAAGCCCCUUCUCCUUUACCCCCAAUCCACGCAACCAGUCUUAUUGUGAUCAACUUAGUAACGUCUUGCCUUUUGAUUUACUUUGAAGGGCGUAGUUCAUCUGUCAGAAACCUGCAUCAGGUUUUGCAAAGCGGGCAACCAUACGUAGCUAUAGGUAUAUUUAUUAAUCGUUUGUGCAUUUAUUUUAUAUUUUUAUUGUGUAUUUGUUAUCCCCCAUAGAGAUAUCAAUGUAACUCUUUAAUCGACAAAUAAUAAAAAGAAUCAGACCCCAAACAGAA